CCCUUACUGUAUACAACACGUACGGUUAUAUCGUUGUUGAUGUUAAGUGCAAGUGAUGGACUAGUGCUGAUUGGAUACCUCGUUUACUCAAAAUGGUGUAUGUGUUAGUGUGUGACGUCACCACCUACGUCAUGGAGUGUGACUAGGCUGCAAGCUUAGACGUACUGCAACUCGGGGCUGACAAAAGUAUUUCGUCGACCACACAAAAGAAAAAUCCAAUAAUUACAAAGACAAACGAACCGGACCACGAAACCUACUACCGGCUGAGACGAUACUCUUGAAGCACCUUCCCACAUCGCUACAGAUGCAAAUCAAGUAGUGUUUUAACAGCUUUGAAUUCAUCCUUAUCCUUAAGCCAAGCAUGAACGAGAAGCUACGGAGGGGUGGCAGAGAGGAGAAGAUAUGAGUUAGGGGUGGCGCUGGAGGACGCGGCGCGAUGCUGCCAUGAACCGACUCCUGCUGGUGCUACUGACGACGAUAUGUACCGCCCUCUCCCUCAAGUAUAGCACCAGAGUCGUGCGGACCAAGUACGGGCCUCUCCGUGGGGUCAUUGUGCAGCAUCCACCCGUCGAGGCUUUCCUAGGUGUGCCGUACGCUACUCCACCACUAGGGGCGCUGCGUUACAUGCCUCCGGUCACCCCUUCCAUGUGGAGAACGCCCCGUCUGGCUGACUCGUACUCCGCCGUGUGUCCCCAGCGGGCGCCGCACAUAGGCAACAGAUCGGAGGCUUUACUGGAGUAUCCCCGAGGCCGCCUAGCACACCUGGAGCGACUUCUGCCUCUUCUGGCCAAUCAGAGCGAGGACUGUUUGUACUUAAACAUCUACGUGCCAAGGAGUGGGGUAGUCAGUGACCAUCACCAAGGCCCUCUGCCCACUCUUCUAUACAUUCACGGGGAGAGCUUUGAGUGGAACUCUGGUAACCCAUACGACGGCAGUGUCCUAGCCAGCUACGGUCAUAUCAUCGUAGUCACCAUCAACUACAGGCUAGGGAUACUAGGAUUUCUGAAGACCGGAUCAAGAGGUAGUGCACAAGGAAACUUUGGACUGAUGGAUUUGGUGGCGGGGCUUCAUUGGCUGAGGGAGAACCUGCCAUCCUUCGGGGGAGAUCCUGAAAGUAUUACUGUUAUGGGCCAUGGUACUGGAGCGGCAUUGGCUAACUACAUAGCAGUGUCACCAGUUGCCAAAGAACUACUACACAGGGUAGUGCUGUUUAGCGGGUCCGGCAUGUCUCCUUGGGCGUUACAACGGGAGCCUCUGGCCGUCAAGAGGAAGGUGGCAGAACAGACGGGUUGCCACGGGGACCUGGUAGAAGACGACCUAGCGCCGUGCUUGAGGACCAAGACCCUCCAAGAGCUACUGGCGGUCAGGGUCGACCCGCCCAGGUUCCUACCGGGCUUCGCCCCCUUUGUGGACGGUGCAGUGCUCGUCAACGGCCCUACAGUUGGAGGUGCGGCUCUGUCGGAUUUGAGUGUGGAGAAACGUGGUAGUGGAUUUGAACUCGCAGACUUCCCCGAUAGGGAACUCCUGUUUGGGCUUACAACGACAGAGUCCUACCUAGACUUAAGCGCGCAGGACUUGGAGUUCGGUUUUAACGAGACCAGGCGCGACAGAAUAUUAAGGACUUAUGUGAGAAACGCUUACUUUUUUCACCUUAACGAAAUUUUUUCUACUUUAAAAAAUGAGUAUACAGACUGGGAGAGGGCGAGCGGGAACCCGUUGAGUGUGAGAGACGCAACACUAGAGGUGUUGAGUGAUGGACACACGGCGGCCCCUGUGAUACGACUAGGGUAUCUACAUACUGUGAGGGGUGGAAAGACGUUCUUUCUACACUUCAGACACCAGUCCUCGCUCACCGACUUUCCACAGAGAACGGGUAGUGUGAGGGGUGAAGAUGUGCCUUAUGUACUCGGACUGCCUCUGGUUGGUGGCCAACCGUUUUUCCCUCACAACUAUUCCAGUGAAGACGGUGCCAUCUCCAAAAAGCUCAUCCAUUAUCUUUCAAAUUUUGUAAGAAGAGGUGAUCCAAACGGCGCGGAUAGCAACAGCAAACGCGUUGAAGAGGACACUCCAUUCUGGGACUCAUAUGACUCAAUCAAUCAACUUUAUCUGGAGUUAGGCAACAAAACGACGGUCCGAAGCCACUACAGGGGUCACAAAAUGUCGUUGUGGCUCAACCUAAUCCCUCAGUUGCAUCAGCCUGGUCUAGAGGAGCUAAGUAUGAGACAUCAUCACUUCCAGGAGGAAGGCGCGCAGUACUACGACGGAUCUGUGAGACCUCAGACACUACAAAGGCCGAGUCUUCCCACAACAACAACCUCGACUACGUCAGCGCCGCAAGUGGUGACCACAAAAACUACCUCAACAACACGGAGGUCAGACCAAACAACAGAGUGUCCGCCCAACACCACGACAGCAACAACCCUGGAGUCUCGACCUAACAACAACAACCUGUUGAGGAAACUAGCGUCCAGUCAUUAUCAGAGCUACACGACUGCACUUACUGUAACCAUCGCAGUAGGCUGCUUCUUGCUGCUGCUCAACGUGCUCAUAUUCGCUGGCAUAUACCACCAGCGGGAUCGGUCCUCCCAGGAGAAGAAGAAGAAGAAGAAGGAGGAACAGGAAGUGAACAGUUGUUCGAGCAGUUCAGGGGAUGUAGAGGGAAAACACGCUCUGGUGGAGAUGACGUCAUCCAGCACGAUGGUGGACCUUCCUCUACAAGAGUUUAAGUCCUCUCCGCCUCGGAGGGGGUCCAACUGCCCCCCUCUGUACUGCGACCCCCCGGAAGUGACGAGUCCAAGUAUCCCAGAACCCCCUCCCCCACCCAAAGCUCAACCACCCCUGUGUAACCAGUCCGGCAUCCUUAGACAACAAGGGUGUCCACAGACUCCUAGUACUAUGAAAAAACGUGUUCAAAUCCAGGAGAUAUCGGUGUGACUCCGUAACGAAUCGUUUAACUCGGUUGUAAGAUGUUUAUAAUUUUACUUAUCGAUUGUUAUUAUUGGAGUAUUUUAUCCGUGUUACUAUGCAAAUUCGCUUCGACGAUUUCUAGGAAUAACUCAGUGCAUAGGAAUUGAUACUACUAAAUCUAGGCAUAUCUUAAGUGAUGGGAGGCUAGAGUUUUGAAUGUUUCUAAAUUCUCGUCGGAGCGUGCGAUAUGUGAGUCAGGACUCGAUCCUGCGAUGUUACCCUAGUUGUAAGUUGUAAAUAAUGUAUAUUUGUACUUGUUUCAUUUUAUAGCUUACAUUUACAGUUCGCACGUUCCAUUUAGUUCUGAGACGUUAAAAAUGUAUUACUGACUGUAAACUUAAACUUAAAUGACUGGUUUGUUUUAUAAAUUGUAAACAUACAAUCAAAGUUUGUUAAUUAAUUGAUGAUGAAUUUUUGUUGAGAUUAUAAAACUCUAUUGCCAAAACUUUCAUUUUACGAGAAAUACGAAAAUGCGUUUAUAAUGUGGCGUUUCUGCUGCGACUAUGUUUUAUGUCAGGAGUUUCUUGGUUAUAAAGGU